AUCAUUGUAAAUGGAAACCUCACUUCCUCUGGCCACUGAUAGCUUCUCAUAUAGUUGGUUACCAAACUUCAAACCCCUUGCAAAUGAGCCUCUCAGAGAAUCUACUUACAAUUCCCCAUUAUUUGAAGAAUGCCAAAACUUCAACUUUGAUAUUUCCAUCACUCACUCCCCUUCUGUCCUUGCUCAUGCUGAUGAACUUUUCUCUAAUGGCCUCAUCAAACCAAUAUUUGUUGACCAUUCCAAGUUAGAGUCAUGCAAUAGCAAUACCAUCUCAGCUUCCACACAAUCCAAGACUAUUUCUUCCUUUUCUUCUAGAAUUGUUUCUCCAAUAACUCUAAAAAUUCAUCAUGGUUUCCUCACAAGGUGGAAAGCCUCUACAUGUAGAACCUUGAGAAACUUAUCUAGGUAUGUAAACCAACUAUGCCAGAAAGUUGGAGGGUCAAGAAAAAGUACUAAAGUUGAUGAUAUUGAUAAGGAAGAGUGGCUAGUUAAUAGCUGGAGCAGUUCACAGCAUGUAUCUCCUAAAUCAAUUUGUGUCAACCCUAUUGGUGCUUUGCAUGAUCAAGAGAACUCAAUCUAUGAAGCAGUCCUCCACUGUAAAAGAUCAAUAGAAAGAUGAUCCUUCCUCAAAUUGGUGGCAACUGAUAAAGCAUUUCAACUGGUUCUUUGCAUCAUUUCUCUCUUGUUGACUUGAAUAUUUUUAUUUCUUGUCUUGAACAAGAGGUGUUUUGGCAGAUACCAGCUGAGGGGUGUAUAAUAUCAAAUUUCAGAAAUGUUGGAUAGGAUCCAACUUCUUCAUGAUUUUGUUGAGAUAAGAGUUAUUGCACAAACUAUGUAUUGUGUUCAUAUUGUAAGAAAGAUAAACAAUCAUUUUCUUCUUUCCUCUUUUUUAUUGCUCACUUUACAUGUCAAUAAAAUUUUGGCCGAGAGAUUUUACUGAAAAGUGUUUCUAAGAACAAGGUCACUUUGGGCCUUAAACAUGAUUAUUAUAGCAAGAGAAAACAGGAUGUGUAAAUUGUGAACCAUGCGACAAGAGCAUGUAAGAGAAAAGUCUGUAUCUUUACUUCAUUAAUUAAGAG